AUGGGUGAUAUUACACGUUGGGGAGCGACCGGACAAAAAUAUAAAAUACACCCUGAAACUUUGGAAUAUUUUCAAAUACUAGAAAAGCAAGGCAGUCGACCAGUGGCAACACUGACAGUUGAAGAAGCCAGACAGUCAUCUUUAGACAGGGCGGAACAAUUUGCUGGCAAUAUAGAUUUUGAUGGAACGACUGAAGAGUAUAUUUGUCCUUCACCGUACUCAACAGAAGGAAUACCUAUAGAUGUCUAUACGCCGUCAGAUUAUAAGAGUUCAUCUUCUAUACUGGUUUAUUUCCACGGUGGUGGACUAGUCACUGGUUCCAGAAGAACUGUGGAAACAUUAUGUAAAAUUAUUGCUCGGGAUGCUAGUUGUAUUGUUGUAAAUGUGGAAUAUCGAAUGGGACCAGAACACAGAGUUCCUGCUUGUUUCCAGGAUGCCAAACUAGUACUGAGAUGGGUGAAUCUAAAUAAAGGCCGAUUCGGUGCGUUAAAUUCGAGUAAGUUAGGUGUAAUGGGUGACAGUGGGGGUGGUCAGAUAGCUGCUGCUGUUUGUUAUGAUGUUAAAGGGAUAGAUUAUCAGGUUCUAAUCUACCCUAUGACAGAUAUGACAUGUUCUUUACCUUCGUUUAGUGAGUUUUCAGAAACACCGGGUUUAAAUCAAUCAUCAAUUGACUGGUAUAUGGAAAAUGCUCUUAAAACCGAUAAGCAAAAACGGGAUGGCCGUUACAAUCCCGGUCAACAGAUUAGUCAAUAUAACCUACCUCCAGCAUUAAUAGUUGUAGCCCAACUUGAUCCAUUACGUGAUUGUAGUUAUGUGUACAAUCAGAAGCUAAUAGAAGCCCGUGUAGAAAGCAGUACUGUUUUAAUACGAGGCGCGCCUCAUGGAUUUUACAAUCUUCCAGGAUUCUUUGAAGAGUUGUGCACAGAAGCAAAUCACCAUGUUAUAAACUUCAUCAAAAGAUUUCAUAAUUCAUAAACUGUUACUGAUGUAGGGCCGCAUUAUGACCUUUACGGGCACUAAAAACUA